CCUUGGGCCUCUCCCAUUUAUAUAUUCUCAUUUCCCUCCCUUCCACAAUCCAUCGUCGAGAUCAGCUGUAGAACUCGACCGAUUUUCUUCCAAAUGGAGAGGAGCCCCUCUGUUGAACGUCUACCCAGUAAGCUCUUUGAUCGCAGAAGAAGCUUUCGAGAUAUUCAGGGCGUCAUUUCGAAGAUGAACCCCGAGCUCCUGAAAUCCGUGAUAGGAUCUGUUGAACUUAAGUCAAAUGACGGAAAAUUUUCCGAAAAUGGCGACGCAUUGGCCCUGGCCUUGAAUCCGUUGACUCUGAAACAUCAUGAGAGUGUCUUUCCUCCUGCCUUUGGGGGAAAUACUUGUGGUUUGGGAAGCUUGACCACUGAAACCACUCCUUUGACGAUUUUCUAUAACGGAACAGUCGCCGUUUACGAGGUUCCUCGGCCCAGGGCAGAGAAUAUUUUGAAACUUGCAGUGUCUUCCCGUAAUGGCAAUCUACCAAUCGCUCGUAGAAAGUCGCUGCAGAGGUUUCUGGAGAAGCGCAAAGAGAGGCUAAACUUGGCAUCGCGUAAUGGUUGCCCGGCGGACGGCACCAAGUUAUCGGUCCAGAAAUCAACCAGAUACUGCAGACUUUGAAAAAAAAGGGAGAGGAUCGACAUAUGGAAAAACUGGAGAAGACUAGUUCAAUCUGUAGGGAAGGCUUACUUUGUUUACUUAACGCCCUUACUAGUAGCAGUUUUCAGCAGUGGUACUCUAUAGUACCAAUUAGAAGAAGUAGGAGAUGUCUGUCAAUGGCAAAUGGAAUCGAUCCUUUCCUUCUUUGCGAUUUAUGUUGUUUAAUGUUGUCUAGACUUUAAAGGCUUCAUUGUAUCUAUAGUAAUAUUUGCUUUAA